CGAUGCGCGUUCCGUUCUGUCCAGUCACCGCCUGUACCGCCGUGCGCGAGCACUUGAUGAGAGGUUAGGUUUUGCGGCGCGAAGACCUGGGAGAUUGUUUUGAGGUAACAUUUCGGUACAUCAAGGUCGACUGCAGCGAGGUCCAAAAUCAGAGGAUAUUAAGGAGAUAAAGAAAAUAUUCUGGGAAGAAUUAACAAAGUAAUCGAGGCUGAUAGCAUCAAGUGUAUCGCGCUUAACCUCCGAUGCUCGCAUAAGUCUUGCGAAUAACAAUUGUGCAUUUAGCAUACGGUGACCAUGGCAUUCGCAUUGAGAGGGGUCAGCGGUAUAUUUCUGCGUUGUAGCAGCGGUUUCCGAGGCCCUAUAAGAGUAUCACGGGUAUGCACUGCUAAUUUUUCUAUCAAAGCAAAUAUCCCAGAAGUAGAACAAGAGACUGAAAAGUUGAAGACACCAGUAGGGAAUGGUAAAGUGUUUAAAAGUGUAGAGGAAGCUGUAUCCGAUGUACACAAUGGAGCUAAACUUUUGGUUGGUGGAUUUGGUCUCUGCGGCAUCCCAGAGAAUUUAAUAGCAGCCUUACUGAAAAAGGGCUCUAAAGAGUUAACAGUAGUUUCAAAUAAUGCUGGGGUGGAAGAUUUUGGGCUGGGUAUAUUGCUGAAGGAGCACAGAAUUAAAAGAAUGAUAGCAUCGUAUGUGGGUGAAAACCCUGAAUUUGAAAAACAGUAUCUCAGUGGUCAUUUGGAGGUCGAGCUGACACCACAGGGUACUUUGGCAGAACGUGUGAGAGCGGGUGGCGCCGGCAUUCCUGCUUUCUACACUCCUACGGCUUUCGGCACCAUCGUACAAGAGGGCAAUGUUGUCGUAAAGUACGACGAGAACGGAAACGCCGAAAUAUCGGGCGAACCAAGGAAUGUGAACCAGUUUGAUGGACGGAACUAUGUGCUGGAGACUGCCAUCACUGGCGAUUUUGCGCUCGUAAAGGCGUGGAAAGCCGAUACUGCUGGUAAUUUGAUCUUCCGAAAGUCUGCGAGGAACUUCAAUCCUGUUAUGUGUAAGGCGGCUAAAGUGGCAAUUGUCGAGGUGGAGGAGAUUGUGGAAAUUGGACAAUUGGAUCCCGAUCAGAUUCAUCUACCUGGCGUUUUCGUGGACAGGAUUGUGAAAGGGCCAUCUUAUGAGAAACGGAUUGAGAAACGCUUGACGAAACAAACUAUGAAGCCUAAAAAAGUGACACCUGCCAGUAAAGCGAGGGAUAUGAUUAUUAGGCGCGCUGCUCUCGAAUUUAAGGAUGGAAUGUAUGCAAACUUGGGAAUUGGUAUGCCCAUGCUUGCUAGUAACUACAUCAAGAAGGGCGUGAAAGUGACAUUGCAAUCAGAAAAUGGUAUUCUUGGAUUGGGUCCUGUGCCUGAUGAAGUUGAUGUCGAUGCAGAUCUUAUCAAUGCUGGAAAGGAAACUGUAACGAUCUUGCCUGGCGCAGCUUUCUUUAGUAGUGACGAGAGUUUUGCCAUGAUUCGAGGAGGUCACAUUGAUCUCACUAUUCUUGGAGGCAUGCAAGUAGCGGAAAACGGGGAUUUGGCUAACUGGAUGAUACCAGGCACGUUAGUAAAAGGUAUGGGUGGUGCCAUGGAUCUUGUUUCUGCGGCGAACACAAAGGUAGUGGUAACUAUGGAGCAUACAGCCCGAGAUGGAAAUCCGAAAAUUUUGAAAAAUUGCACCUUGCCCGUCACAGGCCAACAAUGCGUAGAUUUAAUUAUCACAAAUCUCGGAGUAUUUGAAGUGGUGAAAGGAGAAGGAUUGAAACUUAUUGAGAUCGCACAUAAUGUCGAUAUUAGCGACGUAGUCAGUUCGACGGGCUGUCAAUUCAGUGUUGCCGAUGAUCUUAAGGAGAUGGGGCAAGUCACAGAUGAGGACUUGUAAGUUGUAACAUAUUUCACAAAUUGUAAAUGUGAUACGCAAUCUGGUAAUUCAAUAUGACGGAAAUCAUUCGAUGAUUGCCUGAAAGUAAGUUUUUUAUAUAUUUUUCCAAUUAUAAAUAUACAGUUUAACAAAUAAAUAGAGCUGUUGAUCAUGUUGCAUAAUUAUGUUUUUGUUAAAAUGUUUGUUUUCUGUACUUUUCAUGUAAUAUAUUGCAAUGUUUAAAUUAUCACUAAAUACUACGAUUAAUGCGUGAUUAAGUACCUAUUAUAUGAGUUGCAUUAUAUUGUAUACAACAGUUAUACAUUUUUAAAUGUACAUAUAUUUCUAUUUGUUUGUAAAUUAGGAAAAACGAUUUAAAAUACGUUUUCGAGCAAUCGAAAUCACAUUAUGUAUUAUACUAAUUAGCAUUAUGAUAAAUAAAAUAAUUUUUUAACAAAUGUUAUAAAAAUUAAAA